AAUAGACCCGCGAGCCAACGGUACACUUUAUUCUCAGUUUGGAAAGCAUCCUGAUCUGCUCUUCCAAAGCGCGAGUGUUUCCGCAUAAUCGCAUAAAUUUUGUCAAGUUUUAAUAAAAUCCUCUUGUUAUUCAGCGAGUUACUAAUUAUUCAUCAAAAUGCGUGAAUGUAUUUCCGUACACGUUGGCCAGGCUGGUGUUCAAAUUGGUAACGCAUGCUGGGAACUUUACUGCUUGGAGCAUGGAAUCCAACCUGACGGCCAAAUGCCGUCAGAUAAAACCAUCGGUGGCGGAGAUGAUUCGUUUAAUACCUUUUUUAGCGAAACGGGUGCCGGCAAACACGUGCCACGUGCCGUGUUCGUUGAUUUGGAACCGACUGUAGUCGAUGAAGUACGUACCGGUACUUACCGGCAGCUGUUCCAUCCUGAGCAACUAAUCACCGGAAAGGAAGAUGCUGCCAACAAUUAUGCUCGUGGUCACUACACGAUUGGAAAGGAAAUCGUCGACUUAGUUUUGGACCGUGUCCGUAAGCUGGCCGACCAAUGCACAGGUCUUCAAGGUUUCUUGAUCUUCCACUCGUUCGGUGGUGGUACUGGUUCGGGUUUCACUUCACUGCUAAUGGAGCGAUUGUCGGUCGAUUAUGGCAAAAAGUCAAAAUUGGAAUUUGCCAUCUAUCCUGCUCCACAAGUUUCAACAGCUGUCGUUGAACCGUAUAAUUCAAUUCUAACAACCCACACUACUCUGGAACAUUCAGACUGUGCAUUUAUGGUUGACAACGAGGCUAUCUACGAUAUUUGUCGUCGCAACUUGGAUAUUGAGCGUCCAACCUACACCAACUUGAAUCGUUUGAUUGGACAGAUCGUUUCGUCGAUUACUGCUUCAUUGCGUUUCGAUGGUGCCCUGAAUGUGGAUCUUACUGAAUUUCAAACUAAUUUGGUCCCAUACCCUCGUAUUCAUUUCCCACUUGUCACCUACGCCCCUGUCAUCUCCGCUGAAAAGGCCUAUCACGAGCAACUCUCAGUUGCUGAAAUCACCAACGCAUGUUUCGAGCCAGCCAAUCAAAUGGUAAAAUGCGACCCACGCCACGGCAAGUAUAUGGCCUGUUGUAUGCUGUAUCGAGGCGAUGUCGUUCCCAAGGAUGUAAAUGCUGCUAUCGCCACCAUUAAAACUAAGCGUACUAUUCAGUUUGUAGACUGGUGUCCAACUGGUUUCAAGGUCGGAAUCAACUACCAGCCUCCAACCGUCGUCCCAGGUGGCGAUCUUGCAAAGGUUCAACGAGCCGUCUGCAUGUUGUCCAAUACAACAGCUAUUGCCGAGGCUUGGGCCCGUCUUGACCAUAAGUUCGAUCUGAUGUACGCAAAACGUGCCUUUGUCCAUUGGUACGUCGGUGAGGGUAUGGAGGAAGGAGAAUUCUCUGAAGCCCGAGAAGAUUUAGCCGCUCUCGAGAAAGACUAUGAAGAAGUCGGCAUGGACUCCGGCGACGGUGAAGGUGAAGGAGCAGAAGAAUAUUAAACCACGGAAAUAAUGGUAGCACUGUUACGAAGUUCUUAGAAUUCAUCAAUACGUGCGUUUGCCUCCUCUCUAAUGAAUCAAAUAUUUCUCGAUUUUGAAUGGAUUUCAAUUUACAGAAAUAAAUAUAAUCAGCUGAAAGUUCAAUAAAUAAAAACCCUUUUUAAUCCACCUACUGGUGUAA